AAGUAUCUAUAUCCUCCGAAGGGAAUCGCAGUAACAGAGAGAGGACCUGGUGGGUUUGCCACACGACGAAAUAAAGAUUACGGUCCUUACGGAAUAUUUAUUGAAUAUACUACCGAAGAAGCGCUCCCGACGAGAUGGUCUUUCGAAAAAGGGGAAGAAUACAUGACACAGUGGCUGCAGGCCGAGGCAGAUCUGCACGCUUUAUUGUGGGGAAGUGAUGAUGUCCGCGAGCAAGCAAAAAGAUCUUUAGAGGCACUGAAUGGUGAGAUACGAGGAACAGGGUCCGCACCCCAAGAAGGGCUGCUUGAAGUCACAAACUGGUAUAAUGCCGGACUUCAACUGAAGAAAGCUGUCAGAGACUUUCACGUCUAUGGCUCCACUGCGCGAUUCGAGGAUGUUCGUGAUUUCAUUUGGGAACGCAUCAGCAUCAUGAAUUACCCGCACCAGUGGAGGGUGAAACGGGAGGACUUCCUAGGGCGCAUUGCAGAUGCCGCACCAGAUUAUGCACGUAAGGAAGGGGACCUAGAUACUCAAGAUGCUAUCUUUCAAGAGUGGCAGCUAGAAAAUCCA